GCGCGAGCGCGUCCUCUUCCGCCCGCCCCGCUGAGGAGGAGAUGCCUCUCCUCAGGAGGAGGGGGAUGGAGGGUCGGGGCUGAGGAAAAAUUCUCUCUCUCUCCCCCACACACACCCCGAGGGGGGUUUGCACCUUAUGGCCGCCCCUUCUCCGUCCUGAUUCCCCUCAGUCUUUGGGUCUUCGCCCGCCCCGCCGCCCGGCAAGAUGGCGGAAGGCGGAGGGCCGGCCGGGCCCGACGCCGAAGGGCUGGCGGACAAUCCGUCGGAAGCGGCCGCCCCAACGCCGCCGCCGCCGGGCCCCGAGGAACCCUCCGGCGACACCAAGAAAAAAAUUGACAUUCUGCUAAAAGCUGUGGGAGAUACCCCAAUAAUGAAAACCAAGAAGUGGGCAGUGGAGCGCACCAGAACAAUCCAGGGUCUGAUCGAUUUCAUCAAAAAGUUCCUCAAACUGGUGGCCUCUGAACAGUUGUUUAUAUAUGUGAACCAGUCCUUCGUUCCUUCCCCAGACCAGGAAGUUGGAACUCUUUAUGAGUGUUUCGGAAGUGACGGUAAACUUGUCCUGCAUUACUGCAAAUCUCAGGCCUGGGGCUGAACUGUAAAUGACACGAACCACUUGCAGAUAAGGAUUGAUCUUCAAAAUAAGAACUGGAGUACCGAUAAGCUUUUGAUGACUGCAACCGUGGACGUAAUGGAGGCACUUAUGGUUCUGAUGAUGGGUACCACUCUGCAAUCUCUACAAAAAAAAAAAAAUCCGCGUGUGUGCAUAAGAGCACUUGAGGACAAAGACAUUUUAUACCACUGCUUCGUGCGUUUAAUUUCCCAGGGUGUUGAGAGAGUAUGUUCACCGCUGUGAUUCUCAGUUGCUGUUUUCAGAAUGACCGUAGCCUUUUCCAGUGAUUUUGCGAGUAGUGCCGAGACCCUUACGUUCCCUUUGUUUCCCCGGGGUAUUUUUCAGGCUUGUCCAAGUGGAAGUGGAAGUGGCAGUGGGAGUUUUUCAUCUCGUAUCUGGUUGGGUCUGCAUCUGCUCUGCAACCCGUUCGUGCGGCGGCUGCCGCCUGUACGUACAGCUUGCACGGCUGAACCAGGAGAGGGCAGAUCAGCAGGCCAAAAAAA